GCUGCAAACGGUCGUGUUGUGGUAGAGCAGCGCUCCAAUGCUUUUGAAGCAUUUUUUCUGAAUAAUACUUUGAACUACAUAUUUGGGUUAGUUGAUUUGUAAGCGCGCGCGCGCUCAAUAAUAUUAUUAGUGUACUGUGCCCAAUAGGUUGGGCUGUCACUUUUGGCUAGAAAAAAAAAAAAAAAAACAAAAAGCAGGCCUAGUGACUCGCUGCACCAGCAGACGGCCGGCCAACAGUGUGGUAGAGUAGUGUCGUGUUGCAUGAGUGACGUGCAGUCAGUCAGUCGGUGGCCAUACUCGUCGCCGUCACCAACAUCAUCAUCAAUAACGGUCGUGUCGUCGUUGGUUUUGUUUGUGUGGUGCGCAACGAAAUUGAACGCAAAAUCAAGCAAAGAUAUUUGAAACGAAAAAAAAGGAUAAUAAGGAUAGCGAGCGCAGACACACUGCUGCGGCAGGCAUUUCACUCUUAUUAAUAUUGCAUGAAUUAAUUAUUUUAAUGCCAUUGCGCGCGGUGCAGAGAGUGUUUUGUGUGUUAUUUGAAGUGCUGCAAUUCGUGCAAACUCAAAUGAAUUAUUUAUUUAUGCAAACAACGAGUGUGAAAUUUUAAAUAAAAACACAAAAAGGAUACGAAAUAAACAAAGUGUCAAUUUGGAAUGCAGCACGUGAUUGCUGCUGCUGCAUUGGGAAAAAGUGAUUGUUUUCUUUGGUGAAAAUUAUUUUCGUUUUUUCUGCGCUACUUUGUCGCAAAAUAAUAACAAAUCUCAAUCCUGUGAAACUACACUUCUCGUGAACAAAAAAAAAAAAAAAAUAUUUUUGUUGAAAAAAUAAUCGAAUUCGUAGUCGGCUUGAAAGUUAAUUUGUUUGUGCCCCUUUUUUCCUUGCGGUUUCCGUAGCGAUACACUCGGUGCGCGUUGUGUUUGUUGUUAGCAUGGCAACGCGUCUUUUCGCCUUCUUAACUGGCUAUACGCAGCGUUGGUAGUGAGGCGUAUGCGUAAAGGAUAACGCAAGGAUAAUGACCUAAAGCGAUUGAGUUAAAUCUAUGAUGCUCGAUUGCAAAGGGCAAUAAUCAAAAAUGCAAAUCCAUUUCGCGCUGCAAACCAGCAUACGAUAACUUGUAAAACCUAGACAGGGCUGCUGAAAGAAAACAAUAACCAAAGCUCAAUAGUGUCGAUCGACGAUGAGAUAAAACAAAAAACGAAACAAAUAAGGUGGGAGGGAGAGCAGAGCUGAGUAUUCCGAAAGGAAAUAAACAAUUUACGCAAACGAUAAAAGUUAAUAAAAUACUUAAGCGGAUUUAGCAAAAGCAAGAAGAAUAGCAAAGCGACAACAACAACAAUAACCAUAUCAUAAACUAUGCUUGCAAAAGAGAACGAGAAAAAAUCAACAACAAGAUAAAUAUUGCCGAAACAAAAAGAAAUUGUGUAAAAUGAACGACAGGCAUGCAACAGGAAACUAAGAACCCAACCGAGAGGGAGGAGUCCAGAAAGUGAGGAUAUAUUGCAUUUUGCAGCAGCACCAGCAGCAGCGAAUAAUCAAUCAAUAGCGUAAAGAGAAAACAGCACAGGACACACAACGAGCCAACGAGCCAAAGGAGGUGUAGCAAUCAGAAAAGCAACGACAUUGUAUAAAAAGUAUUGAGCGCCGAGGACAUAAAUAACUGCUGAAGUAACUGAUAGUGCGCCAAAAAAAAAAAAGGAAACGAAAAAAAAACGAAAGAAAAAGCGAAAAAAAAUUACACACAAAACGAUAAAUAGUUAGCGCCGGGAAUUGAGCUGCUGCGAGUGGAGUGAAUCGGAGUGGAGUAGCCGCGCGGUCGCUCGCCUAUCUCCACCCCACACAGUGGGUGCUGUGAGCGGACCUUUAAUGCAAAUUACUUGAAAUAAUCUGCAGGGAGAUGACGAAAAAACGACGCUUGCCGCCAGCGGCAGCAAAAAUAGUUGCAGCGUCAGAUGCAAGCGCAGACGUGGGUAGCGAAAUAGUGCUGAAUAUGCUGAGGGAGAAAAGCGGAGGCGGGCAAAUAGCGCAAUUGACCCACUCCGAUAAGGCAGCUGCAUUGCCAGCCGAUGGGCGGGUGGCCACGGCAAUGGCGCUGGUAAUGCCAAUUAAGAAUGCGCGAACAAGCAGUCAAUGCUAUAACAACAACAACAAGAAUAACUACACUAACGACGCGAAUCGACAAAGUCACAACAAUAAAGCGCUACGCGAUAAGGACUGCGAUGCGAAUCAGGACCGGCACGAAAGUGACAGCAGUAAAUCCGAUUGUUGCACCAAUUACACCAGAAAAAUGUUGACGACAAGUAGUGAAAAUAUUGGCACGCAACACGCAAAAUAUCCGCAAUAUAUGGUGCCGCACGACAAGGAUCAACAACGAACUCCUCUGAGAAGGAUGUUGGAGGGACGGGCGCUGCAGGACGACACAGUUGUGAGUGGUGUAGCUGAAGUGGAAGAUGAAGUGGAAGUUGAAGCUGAUGUGACCGGUAGUGCAUGCCGACAACAAUUGCGUAACAAAAAUAAGUCAAAAAGUAACUACAACCAUAACAACAACACACAUGUGGUAAGCAAGCGAGCAACGCAAGUUGAGAAAUCAACCGGCUUACACUCGACAGAUCAGCAAGUGGUCGAUGCGGAGCAACAAAAUCGCCAACAACAAGCCAGGCAACCACAGCAACAGCAGCAAUGUCGCCAGCAAAGUCAGCUACUUGAUGGAAAUGUGCAGCAAACGCCCGCAACACACACCACGGCAUCCGCAAAGUCACCACUUCCGUCAGUCGGCGGCGGUCAGCUGCGGUAUGCUGCUGCGAAGUCAACGACUUCCAAAGUGGGUGCGAAGAAUGUUUUGAUGAAUUUGACUUGUGCAACAAAGAAAGCAAAAGCAUCAGCUGCAGCAACAACAACAACAACAACAGCAGUAAGCCCAACAACAACAACAUCCGCUCCCAAGACUAAAAGGUCAACUAUAAAAAGUUUAAAAUCUGCAUUUGAGUGUCCCAGCACACGCCCACCCCACAUUGCCACCGCAAUGUCAGCAAACUAUGUGACCACCCCAACAACAACAGCAACUUCCACUACAACACCGGUGAGCUGUACACCUGCAAUACCAACAGCAUCCACAGCUGCUUCAUGGGCUACAGUUUCUCUCCAGCUAUUUGCCACUGUUGAGCAGUUUUGUUGUCGCGCUACAUCAAAAUCUACUGCCAAUAGCAACAACAACAACAACAACAACAAAAACUCUGCUACUAAUACUACGCUUGCAUCCAGCUUUGUUUGGUUGUUGCCGGUACUUUGCCUAUUGGCCGCAUUCGGUUGUGGCCAAGCUGGUUUCGCUUGCCUCAGUAAUCCUUGCGUUUUUGGUGUCUGCAUUGAUGGUUUAAAUAGCAGCUCGUAUUCGUGCUACUGCAUCGAUGGCUAUACGGGAAUUCAGUGCCAAACAAAUUGGGAUGAAUGCUGGUCGGGGCCCUGCCAAAAUGGUGGUACUUGCAUAGAUGGCGUCGCCUAUUACAACUGUACGUGCCCGGAUGGUUUUACUGGAAUCAAUUGCGAGGAAAAUGUCGAUGAGUGUAUGUCGAAUCCAUGUCAAAACGGCGGACAUUGUCGUGACCGGAACAAUGGCUACACCUGCACCUGUCAGCCGGGCUACCUGGGCAUCAAUUGUGAAAUCGAUGUGGCGGUCUGCGAGACGGGCACUGGUGCUCGCUGUCAGAAUGGCGGCGAAUGCAUCGAGGGUCCCGGUCUGGAGUUUUCCUGCGAAUGUACUGCCGGCUGGCAUGGACGCAUCUGUCAGGAGGAGAUCAACGAAUGCGAGUCGGCGCCAUGUCAGAAUGGCGGUGUAUGCGUGGACAAAUUGGCAUCGUAUGUGUGCGCCUGUCCGAUGGGCUAUACGGGGAACAAUUGCGAAGAGGAGAUAUUAAUUUGCGCCGACAAUCCAUGCCAGAACAAUGCGCUCUGCCUGAUGGAGGAGGGCAUACCGACGUGCUAUUGUGUGCCUGACUAUCAUGGCGAGAAGUGCGAAUAUCAGUACGAUGAGUGCCAAUUGGGACCGCGUUGCAUGAAUGGUGGCGUAUGCAUUGAUGGUGUUGACACGUUUUCAUGUUCAUGUCCGCCGUUGCUGACAGGAAUGCUAUGCGAGUGCCUAAUGAUUGGCGAGGAUUCGUUGGACUGCAAUUACACUGCAGCCAUAUCGACAAUGCCACCGACAACAAUGGUGCGGCCAAUAGCUGCAACAACCGCGGCGACAGUAACAACGACAACGGAGGCGGCGACACCGCAUAUUCCCGCGAUAACUGUAGUGACUACAACGACGCCUGCCGCGGGGGUGGCAAGUGUGUCUACUUCCGUUGAGACUGAGGAGACUGAAGAGGAGCAUGGUGAAGUGGAAGUAAAACCACCGACUGGUCCGGUUACGACAGCAAGUAGCGCCGCCGCCUCCACCUCCUCGGAGGAGAAGGUGCACACGACAGAGUCAUCGCGCUCAUAUACCGCAGAGUCUGGUGGCAGCAGCGUUGAUGUGUCAUACUCCUCCGAAGGAAGCGCGUCAGUUGAAAUUGGCACCUCCGAUGAGGUGACGCGACUCGACGUUAGUAGCGGUCAGGAAGUUCCCACCACCACAGCUAAGGUGACGAGUAGUGGCGUGGAUGCGGAUUACACACCCGGUUCAUCGGCGGUUUCAAAGAGCGCAGAGUCGGAUGAACGCCCGACCAUCACCUACUCCACGCGUCCGCCAUUCAAGCACUAUGUUACGACUAUCGAGACCACUUUCUCCAUCGACUUCUCGACAGCACGUCCCACUUACCGGCCUACAGCAACAAUACUCUUUCCCAGCAGCACGGUGCACAUACUCCCCGAAUUCGCCGGCAAGCACAUACCCACAGGUUAUCCCGAGUACCCAGAUCACGAAGCACCCACCACACCACAUCGCAUUUGGACGGCGGACAAGGGUGUGACCACCACAGCCGCGCCCUUCUUCACCGAAUACCCCGAAGUGUCGGUUACCACACGCUACAAGGACUUCACCAGCAAAGACUUGAGCACAGUGACAACAGCGCGUCCAGGCGCAACCUACCCACCGCCAACGCUGCCGUCAGCAACGCCAGCCAUCGUCCAUGGUGGCACAACAUUACCACCACAUAUAGGCGGCGAUACUGUGACGCCGACUGUCACUCCAACUGCUGGCGUCACCGUCGAACGUCCCAUUCAUCAUCAUCAUCACCAUCACCACCACCAUCAUACCACACAUCCGCCGCCUACCAUCAAAGACGACCACACGUUGCUGCCGCAUACCACACAUCGCGGCGGCGUGCCAACAACAUUGUCACCAGCACCACCGCCAGCUGUAGCGGUGACCACAACGCAACCACUGUAUACUGAAGACCUGAUUCGGCCCACUACGUCAGCACGCCCGGCUACAACACCAACUGUGCCGCCAGCUGCGCCAACAACCCUCGCGCCGCCAGAAUCCGAGUCGGCAGAAGAGACUACACAGCCACCGCCACCACAACCACCAGAGCCAUCUUCUACACCUGCAGCAUUGCCGCCAACAACAUUACCACCACCGACAUCGCCGCCGACCACCACACGCAUUACUAUGGCUACUUACCUGCCGCCAACUGAGCAGCCAGCUCCUGCGCCGGGUACACUGGCACCAGCGUACACCACAUUGCCGCCGGCGCCACCACCGACAACACCACCAGCUCCUUCGCCGGCGGUUUACAGCACUUAUGCGCCGGCUGCCGGCAAGCCUGGCACUACAACAGUGGCGAGCAGUGAAGAGGUUGAAAGCUCAAAUACAGUGGCGACGGGCGGCGGUGGCGAAACGGGUGUUGCGCGUGGUGGCGCUGGCGGUGUAGAUAAUGCCACCGAAGCGGAUUGCAUCAAGGUGGGCUGCUAUAAUGGUGGCACUUGCGUCACCACUUCCGAGGGUUCGAGGAUUGGAUUUCAGUCGUAAUUACACACAUUGCAAUGCAUCCCUGCUGGUCAAUGACACGCUCGCCAUGUCCGGUGAUCAGCCGACCUGGUUGAAAU